AGGUACUCAUCACUAACUCAUUCUCAUUCUAUAAGUAAUCCAGAGAAGUAUUUGCCCAUCUGUAAGAAAUGGCACAAGCGAUCGAUGUUGAAGCCUUCUCUACAAGGAGAGAUUGAGGCAGACGUUGAGAUCAAAGCUCCAGCCACGAAGUUCUAUCACAUGUUCGCAGUGAGACCACAAGACUUGCCUAAAGCCAGUCCUGAAAACCUCAAGGGAUGUCGUGUGGAAGAGGGAGAUACGGGCAAAGUUGGCACUCUCCUCACCUGGAACUAUGUCCAGGAUGGCAAGCCAAUGGUGGCCUAUCAGAGGAUCGAGGCAGUGGAACCGAAGAACAAUAUGAUAAAGUAUAGAGUACUAGAGGGAGAUAUGAUGAAAGAGUUCAAGAGCUUCCUAUGCACUAUCCAGGUGACCCCGAAGCAAGGAGGAUCUGGAGGUGUGGUGAAAUGGCGCAUGGAAUACGAGAGGAUUGACGAAAACGUGGCUCCCCCGGAGUCUCUGCUCCGAGUGGCUGUCAAAACGACCAAAGAAACCGAACAAAUGCUUUUGUCUAAUGAGUAGAUACUCAUUGAAUAUCUAUAUACGUAUCUAUCUUUAUGUAUUUGGGUGUUUUAUAACAAUAAUGUACUCUCUAGAUCUAAAGAGAUGUGAUAUGAAAGUGUUACGAGAUAUAUCUAUCUAGUUAAAUAAAACUAUAUCUUUAUGCUU